AUGACCCAAGACCUCUUCGAUUCUAUAACAGAUCAAUCAGAAUCUCCAGUUGCUUCGUCAUCCAAGUCUAUCGAUAUAUCUCUGCCUCCCAAGAUCGUGGACGUAGAAGUUGUAGACAAUAAAUCCAAAUCUCUGGAAAUUAUCGAAUUAGUGAGUGAUGAAGCUGGAUCUGUAAAUAAUGAGCCCGAGAUAUCUCCCGACUUACCUGCGAAUGACGAACUAAAAUCUAGCAAUGAAGAAGUCAACACCCAAUUGGAAACAUAUCCAUCUGGCUAUUUAACCCGGGAGCAACGAGAAGCCCGUCUCCGUCAAAAAGCUAUUGAGCUUGGCGAGGAUCCCGAUAAAUUCGUUACUAUAACUGAAAAAGAUAAGCUCGAUUCCAUAGCAUUCCGUGAUAGAAUGCAGACUGAUGCGAGAAUGUGUGGUUAUGCAAAGGAGGCUGAAGAAGAUCCCAGUGAAUAUAUGGACAUGACAGUGCGAGAAAGAUUAAUAAGUGAAGAAAUAAUCCGCCGUUCUCUCGAGGAAGAUGGAAUCAUCUCAUCAUGGCUGGAUACUGACGAGGACUGGAAAAAAACUGUUAGCAUACUCCAGGAAAAUGGUAUGUUAUGGUAA